GUCUCUGAAAAGUCAUCGUCCAUUUUUCUAAUCGCUUACCGGCUGCAAAGUGUGGUCUUUUCUGUUUUGCAAAAUACGAUUUGUUUCCUUAUCACAGUGUUUAUGGACUUUUGAGUUCUAAAAGCUAGAACCAUGUCAAGUUUGGCCGACCAGUAUAACGACUUUCUGGAGGAGUUGGAGCAAAAACCUGAUAUCAGCAAGAUUCGUUUCGACCAAGACGAUCCUUUGGACAGCGUAAAUGAGUUUGCGGAAGCUGACAAUAGGAGCCGUCGGUUGAAGCAAAACCCGAUGGCUAUUGUUGGUCGGAAUCACCAGGAUGUCGGUGAGGAAAUGGAACUGGACGAUCUGGCGACGGAUUUGAAUCCUAACGAUAUGAAUCAAAAGGUACUGAUCAUGAAAAGUGGUGAAAGUGACAUUCUGCUGGAACCGGAAAAAUCGCUCGUUUACACUUGCUUCAACACUACCUAUGACCGGGCUUCGCUGAACCGGGCCGACGUCUGGCAUCAGGUGAUGGUGCAUCAUGAUGGAAAAUAUCAGAAGAAGGAAAUAUUGGACGCAUUUUUUACCGUUAUUAGUACGGAUGACUUUUAUCCUGUUGCGUACAGACAGUACACAAAUAUUGACUUUUUCCUAGUUCGCCUGUGCAGCAAAGCGUUGGUGAAAUUAUUCGAUAAGAAUUUAAAACUUCCAAUGCCGGGAUCGUCGGAUCCUUUGAAACUAACAGUUAAACUGAAUGUAGCUAAAUACGUUCAGGGACAGGUCAAUCCCAGCGCAAAAGUUGUUGCGGCUGUUGCCGAGCGCUGCGAUAAUGCUGUGAUGUAUGGUUUUUCGAACCUUUUGAAUUUGGACAACUUUCGAGAUCAUGGAGAUUUUGAAGAGUUGUGUAUUUUUCUCGGAAACCGAGCUCAUUUGGAGCUAGUGUGUAGCUCAAUCAAUCAGCUGGAGGAUGUCCGCACAAAAGUGAAUACUAUCAAGUUGACCAACAACAGCAUUGCUCACAUUUCGCCGCUUGUGGCAAUCAAGGACUUGCCGAUUCAAACACUUGACUUACGUUUCAAUAGAAUUAAGCAUCCAGCUUCAUUGAGACCGCUGCAGGGCUGUGGCAUCAACGAGUUGUACAUUGAAGGAAAUGGAAUUGUCGAUGUGCCCGGAUACAUGGAUGUAUUGAAGCAGUAUUUUCCAAAUGUUAUCAAAAUUGAUUCGACUUUCAUUGGUGCGAUGGUGCGAAAACAGGCCGCUGCUCCAGCUCGUGGCGGAGUUGGCGGAGAUGAUGAGGUGGAGCUGUCUUCGUCUGGUGAAAUAUACCAGUGUGUCAAUGGCGUAGUGAACUCUAGCAAAAAUUUUAAGAAGUUUAAAUUCAACACCAAGUGGCACAUGGUGGCCGUGGUUCAUGAAGGUCGCUUUCAGAAAGCUGAAAUAUUGGAGGCUCUAUUCACUCUGUUGGAUAGUUAUGAUUUCUACCCUUGCUACUAUAAAACCUACUCGAAGCAGGAUGAAUUUUUGGUAAUCAAUUGCUACGAAGCGCUUGCAUGUCUGAUGAAUAGCAAAUUGGCACUCCGAAUGAAGAGCACAAACGAACUUAUUUCUGUCGUGCUUAAAAUGAACAUCGCAGAUUUCAAGGAAGGGCAGGUGGUUGUGGAAGAAAAAUUGAACUAUAUAUUAGCGGACCGAUUCAACGAUCGUUGUUUGGAUUUAUGUUCGCUGCAGCAACAUUUGAACAAACUCAAAUUCGUCGAUUUCAGCGCUAAAAGCACCCGAACACUUUCGAGAAUUCUCACCAUUGCUGGGAAGAAAUACGGUCAUGUUUGUUUUAUUAUUCGUUUAAGGAACAACGGAAUUAAAAAUCUCGCUGCUCUGGCGACGCUCAUCGCAUACCCUAAGCUGGUGGCCAUCGACUUGCGAUUCAAUGAUAUUACCACUUUCGACGACUUGCAGGGUGUUAUCAAGAACCGCAUCAAGGAGGUUUUCCUGGACAACAACCCACUGUGCAAUACGGCGACCUCUAGCAUCGAGUACAUCCGCCAAGUGCGAAAUUAUUUCCCGGCCAUCGAAAAGCUCGACGGAAUGCCACUGCUGGAGAAUGGCAAUCUGAACUUUUCGCAAAACUUUAUCUGCACGCCGGAAGCGUACAAAUUCACCGAAUCGUUCGUGAAGCACUACUUCACAAUUUAUGACUCCUUCCAGCGGGCUGGCUUGAAAGAAUUGUAUCACGCAAAGGCUCAGUUUUCGAUGACGAGUAAUUUUGUGCAGUCAAGAACGAUGGACUCGCAUCAGGUGCGGCUGAAUGCUUACCAGGGCAAGAGCCGUAAUCUGCUCAAGAUGGCAAACAUUGAUCGUGCCAUUAGCAGUCUGGUGGUAGGAAACGAAAGAAUAGCGAACGUGUUGGUUUCCUUUCCCAAAACGGAACAUGAUUUCUUCUCGUUCCGAGUGGACACACCCAUUUUCCGACCGGAAUGCGUAGUUAUCACGGUACAUGGAGCCUUCAAGGAAAUGGCUAAUUCACUGCUGAGUGAUGAUUUUGUGCUCGGUUUUACUCGAACAUUUUACAUUCAGCCUUGCGCAAAGGGGCUUGGUAUUUUCGAAAGAGCAAUUGAGUUCAAAGUUUUCAACGAUCUGUUUCAUAUGUACAAUUUAUCGACCUACGGACGGGAAAAUGUAUUCAAACAUCAUGAGGAGCCGGAAUCGACGGAGCCUUACGUACCACACAGCGAGGAACGCGAGAAUACCAUAAUAGUCUUCCAGGAGUUGACGCGCCUCAAUCGCAAGUGGUGUCUGCGUUGUCUGGAGGAAUCCUCCUGGAAUCUGAAGGUGGCACUAAACAUUUUUCUUAAACUGUACGAGGAAGAUCGUAUCCCCGAUACUGGCUUUGACGCUUCGCUUGUUUCCAAGCGAUAAACUUAUAAUUUUAACAAUUGAACAAGUAUUUUGCAUUCUCGAUGUAUCGUAAUUAAUGACGGCAUAAAUGUGAAAUCAAUAUACAAGCUAAAUACUGUCAAA